CGUCGCUUUACCCACAGAAAACCUAUUUAAAAAGGAAAGGGAUGAGUCCACGGCUCCUGACUCCGUAACCCCCCUCCAAAAGAAACCCAGCUUACUCGCCGGCAGCGCGUCCCUCCACCUGGAUCGGCAUAAAUGAAUGAAACACAGGGGAAUAUCGACAGACAACCGCGCAGGAAAACUCUCUGUCAAACCAGCCGGCCAGGAGGAAUUUAUGUCGGGCUUGACAGACCAAUCAACAUGAGUUUUUUCCCCUGGAACUUCAUCCCCAGCUUGUCAAAUGUGUAAAACGGCGACCGGUGUCUUCUGCCCCCCUUGCAAAGGAGUCACGCUGUGAUUAACGGUCAGGUUUUUGACUGCCAGGACAAAUGAAUACAAAUGAAUUUAGGCACCCGAAGGAGAGAUUGCAGAACCUCUCAUCUAGACACAAAGAGAGCCCUAUUGCUCUGUACCGUAUUAUAUUGUACUUGUUACCUGGGACUUACACAAGUACACUCUGAAGAUGUGGACAUCCUCCAAAAGUUGGGGCUCAAGGGAGAGAAACCGUGGCGCUCGGUGCCAACGGGGGUCAUUCCAUUCAGAUCGGGGAUCAUCCUCAACCAGCGGGCGCACAUUGAAACCCCACUGCGCUCACUCUUCCCAGCGGCCAUCUGGCCCAACCUGGCACUGGUCCUGAGUGUGCGCUCACACCGUGUCAACAGUGCUUUCCUCUUCACCCUGCUCUCAGGCCGCAAGAAGCUCCUUCUCGGCCUGCAGCUUGCACCGGGCCAUCUGGUCCUACACACGGGACCAAACACCUCGGUGGCGCUGCCCUACGAGCCCCAUGAUGGCCAGUGGCACCAACUGGCGGUGGGAAUUAAUGGACAGAGAGUGACUCUUUAUGCCUCCUGCGGAGAGCAGAGUGUUCAUGCAGACUUUGGGUGGGACAGUGAGGAGGGACUGGCUCCAGAGCUCCAGGGCUCCUUCUUGUUGGGAAGGUCGAGCCAGCAGCAGGCCUCGGCACACUUUGAAGGAGCCAUCUGCCAAUUUGACCUGGUCCCUUCUGCACAGGCAGCUCACAACUACUGCAGUUACAUUAAGACACAGUGCAGGGAAGCUGACACGUACAGGCCUAACCUUCCUCCCUUGUUGCCUAUCCUACCACGAGAAGCGAACGUCACAGCUACCGCUGCUACCCCUAAACGCGGGAGCUCGGAAAUGCCCAAGAAGACCACGGGGAAGAGCCUUGCCAGGAGUGUCGCCGCUGCUGCCUCGGCAGUCAGAUAUGUGGCCCCCACCCAAACAAUAAAGCUUAGCCCUCGGACCAUUCCUACACCCUUUUUGGUAACCUUGAUGCCCGUCACAGUCCAGCUUGGUUUGGCCUCCCCGCCACCCAAAGCCAGGACUGAUACUGUCACAGCACCACUCAGGAUAAGAGUACCCCCAACUAAACCCCCAAACCCAAAACCCACCACCUCUAAAGCUUCACCAUAUAAACCCUCCAAACCCACUUCCCCAAAGCCCACUCCCUAUAACAGCUCCAAAAAGGCAAUUGCAGAAACAGACAACAACAAGAAACCUACUAUUCCAGCCACUACCCGCACCAAACCCUCCAAGACAAAGCCGGAUUCUACCUUAUCAGAACAAGGUGCACUCCCAAAGAAACCACAACAACAACAACCCACCACAACCAAGAAAAUAUCGCCCAAGCCUAAAGUUAUGCCAUCCAAAGCCACUCCGUCCAAACCCAAAACUAAUUAUGUCAAGGUUGUCCCUUCCAAACCAACGGUCUCCAAAGUCAACCCUUCAAAACCAACAAUCUCCAAAGUCAAGUAUUUAAAACCAACAAUCUCCAAACCGGCAACUGCUAAAACCUCCAAGCCAGUGACCAAGCAGGUCAUCAAACCAACAAAGCAAGCCAAAACCACCAAGGCUACAGUCACCCCGCGACCAACCAGAUCUUCAUACAACCCUGUAACGCCACCAGCUACUGAUGGCUUCCUGAGCUGGGAGGUGCCACCUACUCGGUUCUCCAUGCUGGCUGGAGAUAUAGGACAGAAAGGAGAAGCAGGCCUAUCGGGACUGCCAGGACCUCCAGGGAAGCCAGGUCUGCCAGGCAAGAAGGGUCCUCGGGGCACCUUUGGUCCCCAUGGAAACCCUGGCCGAUCGGGUCCACCCGGGCUCAAGGGGAGAAAAGGAGACCCCGGCAUCUCACCUGGGCCAGCACCCAAAGGAGAGAAGGGAGAGUCUGGGAUCUUCGGUCCGGUGGGACUGACUGGCCAAGAGGGUCGGAAGGGACAGAAAGGUUACACUGGUCCACACGGACUCCCUGGAGAGCCUGGGGAGCAUGGUCCAGUCGGAAGCCCAGGUGCCAAAGGUUAUCCUGGCAGGCAGGGUUUACCAGGACCGGUAGGACCAUUGGGGCCUAAAGGCGUCCGGGGUUUCAUUGGAAUCCCGGGGCUUUUUGGCCUGCCCGGGCCUGAUGGCGAAAGAGGCGUUCGCGGCGAACCAGGGAAGAGGGGCAAGAUGGGUAGGCCGGGGUUUCCAGGGAACUUUAGGGAGAGAGGACCACCUGGACCAGAUGGAGAGCCAGGGGAGCUGGGAGCCCCCGGUCCAAGUGGAGUUCUUGGACUCAUUGGUGACAUGGGACCUUUGGGAGAGAUGGGCCUUCCAGGACCUAAUGGACUGAAGGGUGUGUCCGGAAAUCCAGGAGAACAAGGACUGAAAGGUGAUAAGGGUGACGUUGGCAUUCCUGGAGAGCAAGGGGACAUUGGGUACAGUGGAGACAAGGGCAUCCAGGGGGCUCCAGGGCUACCAGGCACCCGUGGGAAACCAGGACCACAGGGCAAGCUCGGAGAGAGAGGCCCCGAUGGCACAGCUGGCCCGCUAGGUCCUGAGGGUUUCCCAGGUGACAUGGGACCUCCGGGAGAGAACGGCCUUGAAGGACCAAAGGGAAAGCUAGGGGCCAGAGGUUUACCGGGACCACGAGGGGUAGCAGGCUUGGAGGGAGAUGACGGUCCGAUCGGACCACCAGGCCCGACAGGACUGGAGGGUAGAAUGGGCAGAAAAGGUUUUCCUGGGAAGGUCGGGCCAGAGGGAGUUAAGGGAGAGUCCGGUGUCAAAGGAACAGUUGGAACCAUGGGAGAAAGAGGUUUGGUGGGUUUCAUCGGAGCUGUGGGAGAGGCGGGACUGGCAGGAGAGAAGGGGGAUCGAGGGGAGAUGGGUCAUCCUGGACCACCUGGAGAAAAGGGAACAACGGGUCACCCGGGGACACCAGGGGAGACGGGGCCUACAGGACCACCAGGAAGAACAGGCUCUUCUGGAGCCGCCGGGCCAGCCGGUACCAGAGGAACCAAAGGUUCACGGGGAGCGAUCGGGCCCGACGGUCCAACAGGAGAGAUGGGAUUAGAGGGCAAGACGGGUUCUGAUGGUCCUCCAGGAAAAAUAGGUUUCCCUGGACUACAGGGGAAGAUCGGAGAGUUCGGGGAAACCGGGCCUCAAGGUUUUAUUGGUAUCCAAGGGCCCUCGGGACCUCCAGGGGACAAGGGAAUAGCAGGCGAACCGGGAUCCUCUGGGCCGCCGGGGACCGUGGGACUGUUAGGAGAGGUUGGUCAAAAGGGUCCUCCGGGCAAGGUGGGGGAACCAGGAGUAUCAGGCGAGCCAGGGGAGAAGGGAGCCAUUGGACUGGUCGGGAACAUCGGGGAGCAGGGACUAAUAGGACAGCGGGGAGAGCCAGGCCUAGAGGGAGAAGCUGGGGCAGCUGGUCCCGAUGGAAGCAAGGGGGAACAAGGCGACAUGGGUCAGGAGGGCGACAACGGAGAAAAAGGUGAAAUCGGGCUAAAGGGAAAAGAGGGCCCACUUGGAAGUCCUGGACUCAACGGCGUCAGAGGUCCAGAAGGGAAACCUGGCAAAUUUGGGGAAAGAGGCAAACAAGGGUCAAAGGGUGCCAAAGGUCAUCACGGUCACCUUGGGGAGACUGGCACGGUGGGGAAGACUGGACCGCCAGGUUUCACUGGGCAGAAGGGGUCCAGAGGAACCAUCGGACAUGUGGGAGCUCCUGGUCGAAUGGGUCAGCAGGGGGAACCUGGUAUUGCAGGUUAUGAGGGCCAUCAGGGACCACAGGGCCCCAUGGGGUCUUCAGGACCAAAGGGUGAAAAGGGCGAGCACGGGGAGGACGGGAAGGUAGAAGGUCCUGCUGGGCAUCCAGGUGACAUAGGUACUCCAGGUGACCGAGGAGAGAGAGGAGAAUCAGGAGAUCCGGGGUAUAAAGGUCAAGUUGGUCUGGAUGGCCUGAGAGGCCGGUCUGGAGCUCAUGGACAACCUGGUCAUGCUGGACCUCACGGGCAACAAGGACUCAAAGGGGCCAAAGGAGACCAAGGUCAAAAGGGCAAAAAGGGCCAGUUAGGACAAAAAGGAACCAAAGGACUGGAGGGUGGGGGUGGUCUCUCCGGUCCCAGAGGUGUGGUGGGCCGAGAGGGGCUGGAGGGCGUGUCCGGGGCGGAUGGAGUCACAGGGAAGGAUGGCAGUAAAGGCACGCCGGGAGAGCAUGGUGACGAUGGGGAGGCUGGUCUUCCCGGCAAAGCGGGCUCACGUGGUAAAACUGGCGGUCCGGGACUCCCGGGAGGUCAGGGGACCUUCGGACCAAAGGGGGAGCAGGGCCUUCGAGGCCAGAGUGGACCUCCGGGGAAGAGAGGCUUCAGAGGUGGAAUGGGACUACCGGGGACCCAGGGAAAGCAAGGGCCGCAAGGACAACUUGGUUAUACAGGGGAACAAGGUUUUCCAGGAAUUUUGGGAGUUUUUGGACCGAGGGGAGCUCCGGGAGACUUUGGGCCAAAGGGCAUCCUGGGCCCCAAGGGGCCACAGGGCGCAAAGGGCAGAGGAGGCGUGGUUGGCCCCGUGGGAAUGAUUGGCCCCAGUGGAAGCGCAGGUCCGAGAGGGGAGAAGGGCAUUUAUGGAGAGACUGGAUUUCAAGGCCCGAGGGGUUCUCCUGGACCUCGUGGACUCCCUGGACUUCCAGGUCGCCCGGCUAUCCCUCUAUCAUUUGUGGAAGAUGGUCUUUUGUUCAUGGAUUCACAAAGCCAACUCAGGGCUGAGAAUAAGCUAGUGAUGGACCUGCCGAUGAUGGACCAGGGCGCAGAGAUCUUUAAGACCCUCCAUUACCUUAGUAACCUGAUCCAGAGCCUGAAGAACCCGCUGGGCACCCGGGACAACCCCGCCCGCAUCUGCAGGGACCUGCACAGCUGUGAACAGAGGUUAAACGAUGGCACUUAUUGGAUGGACCCCAACCUGGGCUGCUCGUCAGAUACAAUAGAAGUCUCCUGCAACUUCACUGGAGGUGGCCAGACGUGCCUGAAACCAAUAACUGUAUCCAAGCCGGCCAUCAGCGUCGGUCGUGUCCAGGUGAACUUCUUGCACCUGCUGAGCUCAGAGGCGGAGCAGCACAUCAUCAUCCACUGUCUGAACAUCUCGGUUUGGAGGUCAGCCGAGGAUCAGCUGGCCGCUCAGAGCUCCGUGAGGUUCAAAGCCUGGAGCGGGGAGAUGUUCGAGCUGGGAGGAGAACUCGAGCCAGAAGUCAUAGAAGACUCCUGCUGGGUGAAAGAUGGCCGCUGGCACCAAACCCAUUUUGUGUUCCACUUCCUGGAUCCCUCUGUGCUCCCCGUGGUUGACGUCUACAACCUCCCCAAGACUUCACCUGGCUCCCAUUACCACCUCGAAGUGGGUCCCGUAUGCUUCCUGUGAGGGCUGGCGUGUAAGUCUUCUGAGCGUGGAGGGAUGGAUCCUCGCCUCUCGGUGACACCUUCAUGCGGGCGUGGAGAUCGGAGCGAUCUCCUCCAAAUCCAUGGCAACAUAAUCCAAGCGAGUACAAGGCUCCCUCCAAACAGAUGCUGCUUCACUCCCAUUGGACUGCAGACACAGAGGGAUGGAAGCACGGGGGAGCUGGAGGGCCGAAGAAGAGCGGAGGAGGAGGAGCAGCGGAGUUCUUGCACGAAUAGCUUCUCCAUAUGGCAAAAGCUUCUUCAAGCUCCUCCAGAAGGAUCUCCAUGUGUCCGCCCGCUGGGGGGGGGAAGGCUUCACGCCACACAAUCUCUCGAGAACAUUGUUAAGUGAAGGGAGACCAUGGCCAAGUUAAUCAGCGGACAUUAUAGUAACUUAUUUGUGUAACUGUAUACAUCUGUAUACUGUGUACUGUGUUUUUUGUUUUUUUCAAAUACCAGGAAUUUAAUUCUGUUAGGAGAGAAUAAUUAAAGUAAUUGGGAUCAGUUAAAUGUACAUAUAUAUAUGUAUGCUUAUUAUAAACUUUUAUACAUGUAUAUCUUAUGUAAAGAAAUCAUCUUCAAGUGCAAUAGAAAAUGAGAAGAUAAUUUGAUAUUUUAAACUCAUAUGGAAGGAUUUUUCAGGGGUGCCAUUUUAUUUUUCUUUGGUGCUAAUCUCCAUUUUUUUAUUGCCGACGUGUGAAUAAAUCCAGAGGCAGGUUCAUUUGAUUGAGCAGAUAGCACAUCUGUAUUUACUAGUGCUCCAAAUGGGAGAUCGUGGCUUUUAGUGUCAUCCCAAAUGUGGGAACCAGUGUAAACUCCCAGUAGGAACAUCUGAAGCCACACACACACACACACACACACACACACACACACAAGCCAUCCACGUGGCGCGUCAGUGCAUUAUUCUAAUACUUAUUAUUCAUACAUUAUUGAACCAAAUGCCACUGAUGAUUAGGGGGAAUAUCUGUGGUUAUAAAGGUACAACAAAAAGUAUGGAGCUCUAGUUUUCAGUAGUGUUUUAUUAAUUUCUCUACAACUCUGGAGGAUCAGUUUCAUGCUUCCUUAAGUACGAUAGGAGGGAAAUUAUUAUUAUUUUCACGGCACCACAUGGUACCAGGAGUCUCUUCUACCCCACUUACAGUAGACAGACUGCAGGUGUUCCUUAGAGGAGAACUGAGCCACAAGAGAGAGGAAAGUGGGUCCAUGAAUCCAAAUUAAACCCCUGUGUUCCAUCCCCUCCUCUCUCUAGUACACGGUGCUGAGUAAAGAUCUAAGGUGCGAACCAUAGUGCUGUAAUUACACCACUUUGCUGAAAUAUUCUGAUGUUCAUAGUGCAUGCUUGCUUAGAUUACUACAAAAAGUCAAUAUAAUAUAUUGCCAUAGCUUCCAUAAUGCACUAUAAUGAUAAUAUCCCAUAUCACAAACUACAUAGUUUCCCUAAAGUCUGUUUUUGUUCAAUGCUGCAAUUUACAAAGAUGCUUAUUCUGAUUUAAAACAUUUUUAGAGGUAACUAUAACAAGAAAAAACAAUUACUCCUUUUGUAUCCAGUAUAAAUCACAGGGUUUGAAGUAUUUUUUAAGAAUAAAAUGAUCUUAUACUCUGUACAAAGCCCCCCCACAGCUGUAUGUAAUAUUUUUUUAGAAACACAACUAGUGGAGAUAGUUUUAAUUAAAUAAAAGUUUCUUUGUUGUAGCUGGACACAAGUGUGUAUAAUUGUGCAAACCUUGCUGUAAACAGUGGAUCCCCUCAUGCUAAUUUAAUGUUAUUUAAUGUUGUUAACGUGGUUGCUGACUGAGCAAGUUCUGUUGGUUGAAGCAAUACUUCUCUUUCACACAACUUUAUAUAGCAGUUUGCCCAACUGGUCUUGGAGUUUAUAGAUUUUUUUAAUGUGUAAAUUUGGGGCUCCAGAGAACAAAUUUAUUGCAAUGUUAAUUAUCUUUUAUUUUUUUAUUUUUUUUCAUUUGCUUUAUGUUGUUUUUUCCUCUAUGAUAAUCAACCAUGUACUGUACCAGGACUCUGUGCUAUACUAUAACUUUUGUUUUAAAUAAUUAUGCAAAUAUGUGAAAAUAUGUUCUUCUUUUUGUAAAUCUGUUGUAGACAUUACGAGCUAAAAAUACCUCACAUUUUUACGCAUGACUCGGAGCAAAGAUUUUCUGUUGCCUUUAUAACUAAAGCAUGUUUGGAAAUAUCAGCCAAAUACAUUCAGUCAUCAAAGAAGACUAUUUCUGGUGCUAGGGUCUUUUAUUUGUCUACUUGUUCAAUAAAUACUUUUAAUUUG